AUGUCUGGUGGUGAAGCAUUCGGAAGUCGUUCUAAGCGUUCCCUCUUCUCCAAGCCGACGCCGACGCCGUCUUCUUCCUCUGGUUUCAGAUUUCAGACACCACAACGAAAAGUUCAAUUCACUACACCGUCAUCUUCUCACACUGGUUUGGGAUUUCAGUCACCACAACCAAAACCUAAAUUCACUACACAGCCUUCUUCUUCCUCUGGUUUGGGAUUUCAGUCACCACAACCAAAACCUCAAUUCACUACACCGUCUUCUUCUCCCACUGGUUUGGGAUUUCAGGUACUAGAACCAGAACCUCAAUUCACAACCCGGAGGGCCAAUGUAGCUCCCGCUCCUUUCUCCGCCGUCGAUCUUGAUAUUCGAGCAAUCGUGGAUGCAUACAAGGAUCAGCCUCGAAACCUUAAGUACGCUUUUAAGCAUUUGUUGUUUAGUGUAACAGAACCAAAGUUUAGGGUGAAGCCUGAUGGUGUUUCAGAAAUAAUGUGGGCGGAGGCCAUGGGUAAGCUUGAGGGUAUGGAAAGUGCUCAUAGAGAUCGUCUUUGGCCUCAACUUGUUCAGGGUUUUAAGCAUCUUUCACAACGCAUUAAGAUCCAAGACGAAGUCAUUGUUUCAGAUUCAGAGAGAUUACGUAUAACGCAAAGUAAUAUCAAAAUGCUCCAAAGACAUUUUCAAGCUGAUACUCUUCCUUGGAUUCAAAGAAUGAAGAAGAAAGAACAAAUUCUCCACCUACGUCUAUUAAGAGUAAUGAGAAUAGUGGAGGUGUUGCAGGGAAAAGGCUGCUGUAUACCCUUAACUACAGGGGAAGCUGAACUCGCUGAGAAAUUAGCCACAAUAACUCGACAGCUGAAAGGUUCUGGAACAGAUCUACGUACAAGGCUACGAAAGCUACUAACGGUAUCUCGUAUUCAGACAAAUACUAUGGGCUUUGGUUGCUCCGUCUAUCUUCCAGGAUCAACCAAAAUUCAUGAACAGAGUCUUGCUAACCUGCAGAUGGUCUUACAACAUCAGACAGAGGCCAUAGCAAGACUUGGCAGUGUUUUGAAGCGAUAUAUACGGGAUAUGGAAAUUAUGAUGGCUGAGGACGCAGGAACAACAACUAAAAAUGGGAAUUCAAUCUGAACUUCCUCACAUAUUUUUUGAAGAACGCAUAUAUGCACUGAACACAUAUGAGUGAAUAUCAUGUCAAAAUCACUAAAUAAAUAGUGGGAUAAAGUCAUUUAGUGAGAACAUACGAAAUUUACACAAUAAAAGGAGAAGUAUAAAACCUAGAAGGGCAUUUGACCUCAUGAUGGAGAAGAAAAUUUUUCUCUCGCUGACCCUUCGAUUCUCGCACUAGCCUUUUUUUUUAUAUAA